AUGAGGAAGAAGAUGGCAAACAGGGAACUGCAACUAGCAAACCAGUUAAAGAAUGCAUACCGAAAAUAUAUUCUUAAGCCAGAUAGCUUAUUAUGGAAUAAAUACAGAACGGCUCGAGAAGAACGAGAUCAUUUCAUGAAUAAAAAAUGGGCAAUGGAAGAUAUCAAAAAUAGGCAUUACUGGCAGGGUCCGGAGGGAAUAUCAGCUAAAAAUCUGACUAAAAUCAUAAAUUUCAGGAAAAAUAAGAACAUGAUUAUGUCAAUAAGGCAGGAUCAUAACGUCUAUACCAAAUCCCAUAAUAUUCGAGAUGCCUUUUUUAAAUAUUAUCAGAACAUUUAUGCCUCUGGGGACCUAGAUGUUAAAGCAAAAGAGUCAUUCUGGGAUAAGGUUAAUCUACCAAAAAUUGAUAGUGAGAAAAUGGCACAACUAAACCUGCCAAUCCACAUUGAGGAAGUUAAGGGGGCCAUUGAUAAAAUAAAGAUCGGGAAAGCACCAGGUCCAGAUGGCCUCUCGGCAGAGUGGUACAGAAUAUUGAAAACAGAUAUAGCUGAUAUCUUAACAGAACUUUUCAAUUUAUAUUUUGUUCAGAAUAGAAUGAAAUCUCUCUAUUUUACCGAUUCAGCUAUCACAUUGAUCCACAAAAAGGGUAAACCAUUAGACGAUAUGGGUUCUUAUAGACCCAUAUCGCUACUCAAUAAUGACUACAAGCUAUUAAUGAAUAUCAUUGCUGAGAGGCUAAAAAAAGUGAUGGGAGACAUAAUCCAUCCCGAUCAGACGGGCUUUAUGCCAGGCAGGAAUGUAGCGAGAAAUAUACGCAGGGUACUAUUAACAAUAGAGCAUUAUCAUAAUAAAUUCCAUAAUACAAGAAAAUACAGUGAAGUAGAUCAUGCCUUACUUACAAUAGACGCGGAAAAGGCGUUUGAUUCGAUAAUAUGGGAUCACCUGACGACCUCAUUAUUACAGUUCGGGUUCUCAGGCAAUUUAGUGAACUUGGUGAAUUUAAUAUAUAAAUCGCCAAGAUCUCAAGUAAUUGUAAAUGGGGGAUAUACACCAUAUAUCACCAUGCAAAAAGGUCGUUUAGAACCAGAAAUACUCUGUCUAUUCUAUCUGGUUAUAAUCCAGGAUCAGGGGAAUCGUUGUUUGCAAAAAACAAACGGUUUCACACUUAUAGCAUUUAAGUCGCUGAUGAAUAACAACAUGAACAAAUACAAGAUUCAGAUGGCAGAACAAUUCUUGAAUCAUGCCCUGGGUAUCAUCUACCUGUUGACUGGGCAGGAAUAUACCAUUGUGAAGAAGAAUCCUUCCCACAAAAGCAUUCAUCAGCUGACUGGAGAGGUCCCUGUAAAGUGUGAUGACAUUUCUGUGUAUUUCUCUAUGGAGGAGUGGGAGUAUAUAGAGGGUCACAAGGAGCUUUAUAACGAUGUCAUGACGCAGACUCAGCAGACACUUGGGACUGCAGAAAUCUCGUCACAUGAGUGCUCAGCAGGGGAAAGUGAAGAUAAUCUAGUUAAAGAGGUAAUCAAUGACCAAAGACAGAAUGUGACACAAGCGGUGACCAAUCCAGAUCUCUGCUCAAGUGAUGUUGAGACUCCAGUUGCCGAACAAACAGAGUCUCCAUGUAUAAAAAGUCUGGAAACUCAAAAGCAGGCAAUUUGUGAUACUGAGUAUUUGUUUAUACCAGGGGAUGAUAUAAAUGAAGAUUCCAGUACAACAGUUAAUCUUUCAAAGAAGGUGGUAGAAGAAGGUUGUGUUAAUACACAGAAUCAAGGAAAACUUUCAAACAGAUACUCACCUAAAGAUUCAUUGUACAAAAAAAAUAAUUGCAUAUCACAGUCACAGCCUCCCCAAUGUGAGCAAAAACCCUUCAGUCUUGAGAGCAUUUUUGUAGACUGUAAUGAUGCACCUUCAUCUACAUCUGUUAAUACAAAAGAACCAGAAAACUCUGUGAGUCAUUUUAAUAGAAUAGAACAUGAAUCUUAUUACCAAGGAUCAUACUCCUUGCCAAAGCCAUAUCUAAGCCAAAAUUUUGGCAAGAACAUCUCACAAAGGUUUAGUCUAAAUGAUCACCUUAGAAAACAUAGAGAAGAGGUGUAUGUUUGCCCACAAAGUGGAAAAGACUUCUUUGAUAGAUCAAAUUUGAUUUCAAUAGGUAAUAAACCUUAUGUUUGCCAGGAUUGUGGAAAAUGUUUUUCUCACAUAUCAUACUUGAUUAUUCAUCAAAGAACACAUACAGGGGAGAAACCCUAUGCUUGCCAGAUAUGUGGAAAACGCUUCUCUGAUAGAUCUAAUUUACGUAAACACUACAUAACACAUACAGGUGAGAAACCAUAUGUUUGCCAGAGAUGUGGGAAAGGCUUUUCAGAUAGAUCAAAUCUGAAUAAACACAACAGGAUCCACACAGGUGAGAGGCCCUAUGUUUGCCAAGAAUGUGGAAAAGCAUUCACUUUAAGGAAACUUUUGAUUAUGCACCACAGGACUCAUACAGGAGAGAAGCCUUACGUUUGCCAAGAAUGUGGAAAAUGCUUCUCUCAAAGGUCAAGUUUAGUUUCACACUACAAAACUCAUACAGUAAAAAGAGAGUAUGUUAGUCAAACAUAUAAUGAUGCUUUGAUAAUAAAUAUAUCAGAUUAAGCACUAAUUAAAGGGCCAUGAAAUACAGUAGAAUUGCAUAACCAACAAGUACAUAAUAAAAAGACAAUGCAAUAGCACUUUGAGUUUUACAUUAGCAGUAGCAGCAGAUAUUUCUUUUAUGUAAUUGGCAAGAGUCCAUGAGCUAGUGACGUAUGAGAUUUACAAUCCU